AUGGGAUUAUAGCCUCCGGUGAACUCCAGAGAUUUGGCCAAGUGGGAAAGUCCAGGGUUUUUCCUUCCUGGGGGUCCAGAUCUCAACCCCAUUAGUAGGCACUGAUAAAUGUUGAUAGGUUAAUUGUUCCCUCUCUGAAUUCCAGGCACUUUAUGCUUUCCUUAUGUAGUUAUGUUCUAUCUUGAAAUAUACUUGUGAAUAUGUCUUUAUUUCUUUUCUUGCACAGUAAAUUUCUCCAAGGUAAACUAAACAAGCAUUUAUGAAGUGCCAGGCACUAGACUGGGAUGAAAGCAUUCUUGCCCAUAGGAAGUUUACAUUCUAUAGUAGGAGACAAGACUGGUUUACUUUCCUAGUGUUUUGAGCUAGCUAGGGCUAGAUGAAUGUCUCCUGCAGAACAGAAGUAGGCCGGGGGAAGGGGGAGGUGGGGUUGCCUCCGGACUGCUCCCAGGGCGGGGGAGGCGCAGACAAGGGGAGAGGGGGGGGGGUGGCGCGGGGGUACCUUCCCGCGGUGGAAGUCGGAACCUUGUUUCCGGCUCUGCGUGCCUGGGGGAGCGCGUUGAGCGUAGCACCGGGACGUCGGCUGCAGGCUGAGGCCGGGCGGGCGGAGCUGGAGCGGCGGCCGUGGCUGCAGAGCGGGCGGAGGAGCGAGGCCGGGGCGAGGGCUGGAGCUGGAGCCGGAGCUGCGGCUGCGGGACACUCGGGGCUUCGGGCGGCGGGGGCCGGGCGCCGGGGCCCGGCGACGGCGGCAGCGGCCAUGGCCGAGAGCAUCAUAAUCCGUGUCCAAUCACCAGAGGGGGUGAAGCGGAUCACUGCAACAAAGAGAGAAACAGCUGCAACAUUUUUGAAAAAGGUUGCAAAGGAGUUUGGCUUCCGGAAUAAUGGUUUCUCAGUUUACAUCAAUAGAAACAAGACAGGAGAGAUAACAGCAUCACCAAACAAAUCCCUCAACCUGUUAAAAAUUAAACAUGGCGAUUUGUUGUUCCUGUUUCCCUCGAGCCUUGCUGGACCCUCAUCUGACAUGGAAACUUCCUCCUCCCAAGCAUUACGUGCUUGGGGAGCUCCCAAUGUGGUAGAAGAUGAGAUUGAUCAAUACCUUAGCAAACAGGAUGGAAAGAUUUACAGGAACCGAGACCCACAACUUUGCCGACAUGGUCCUUUGGGAAAGUGUGUGCACUGUGUACCUCUCGAGCCAUUUGAUGAAGAUUACUUGAACCAUCUUGAACCUCCUGUGAAGCAUAUGUCCUUCCAUGCCUACAUUCGAAAACUGACCGGAGGGGCUGAUAAGGGGAAGUUUGUUGCCCUGGAGAAUAUCAGCUGCAAGAUUAAAUCCGGUUGUGAGGGACAUCUUCCGUGGCCUAAUGGCAUUUGUACCAAGUGCCAGCCAAGUGCCAUCACACUGAACAGACAGAAAUAUCGGCAUGUAGACAACAUCAUGUUUGAGAAUCACACGGUUGCUGAUCGUUUCCUUGACUUCUGGAGAAAGACUGGGAACCAGCAUUUUGGGUACUUGUAUGGACGGUAUACAGAGCAUAAAGACAUUCCUCUUGGCAUUAGGGCUGAGGUUGCUGCCAUUUAUGAACCCCCUCAGAUCGGUACACAGAACAGCCUGGAGCUCCUUGAAGAUCCCAAAGCUGAAGUAGUAGAUGAGAUUGCUGCCAAACUUGGCCUGAGAAAGGUUGGCUGGAUAUUUACAGACUUAGUCUCAGAGGAUACCCGAAAGGGUACUGUCCGAUAUAGCCGCAACAAGGACACAUAUUUUCUGAGUUCAGAAGAAUGUAUAACUGCAGGAAAUUUCCAGAACAAGCAUCCCAACAUAUGCCGGCUUUCUCCAGAUGGCCACUUUGGAUCCAAGUUUGUAACUGCAGUAGCUACAGGUGGUCCAGACAACCAAGUUCACUUUGAGGGUUACCAGGUAUCUAAUCAGUGUAUGGCAUUGGUCCGAGAUGAGUGCUUGUUGCCCUGUCGAGAUGCGCCUGAGUUGGGUUAUGCCAAGGAGUCCAGCAGUGAGCAAUAUGUGCCUGAUGUGUUCUAUAAGGACAUAGAUAAGUUUGGUAAUGAGAUCACUCAGCUGGCCCGCCCCCUCCCUGUGGAGUAUCUGAUCAUAGAUAUCACGACGACUUUCCCCAAGGAUCCAGUUUAUACUUUUUCUAUUUCACAAAAUCCAUUCCCUAUUGAGAACCGAGAUGUCCUAGGCGAGACACAGGAUUUUCAUAGUUUGGCUACAUACUUGUCUCAGAACACCUCCUCCAUUUUCCUAGACAUCAUCUCAGAUUUCCAUCUGCUCCUCUUUCUGGUCACCAAUGAAGUCAUGCCUCUUCAGGACAGCAUUAGCUUAUUGCUGGAGGCCGUGAGGACUAGGAAUGAGGAGCUAGCACAGACUUGGAAAAAAUCUGAGCAGUGGGCCACCAUCGAACAGCUCUGCAGUACAGUUGGUGUCCAGCUUCCAGGAAUGCAUGAGUAUGGUGCCAUUGGGGGUUCAACACAUGCCACCUCCUCUGCAAUGUGGGCUUGUCAACACUGCACCUUCAUGAACCAGCCAGGCACGGACCACUGCGAGAUGUGUAGCCUCCCCAGGACCUAACACUCCCCACUAUCCUCCUGGGCAAACCUGGGGACCAGACUCUCAGCCCUCUUAGAAGCCAGGAUCGUUUUUCAUGAUUCUUCCCCUGUAAUGAUGCCCCAGUGGUGGGCAGACCUGAAGGAGGGGAAAAGGCUACCCUUGGGUCUCUGUGACCCACAGAAGCAUCUUGGCACUGUUCUUUUCAGAGGGUACCCACUAGAUAGAGGGAUCCAAGGCUGGGUUUUCUGCCAGGCUGAAUUUAAUCUCAAAACUGGAAAUCCCAAAACUGUAUCCCUAAUGCAAGACAUUUAACCUCAGUUUACAGUUUUGCAAUUUGUAUUUGAUAAGGACUGCGCCCUUCUGUGUCACCUGGAUUUUGCUUUUCCUGCAGCCUUCCCUUUUCCUUUUGCAAUUUCCUCCCUUUUUUAUUCUCUUAACUCUCCACUCCUUUACCCCAUUCCCUUUUUAAAAUUUUGUUGGUCCUCUGCCUUGUCCUCUACUCCAUUACUAGGUAUUGGAUGCCUGCUGAUAGUGGUGGAUGCUUCUACCCCCUCAGCUUGGCUAGUCACCUGGUGAGAAUGAGAACCGGCUUAGUCAGCUGAGCUGUGUCUUGGAGCAGGAGGCUUCUUCCCUUGUUGAUUUGCAUGAUUU